AGAUAUUUGCUAAAUCGCCGACGAUUCGAUCGUUCGUCCCUCGGUAUCGUUGUCACGCCGCUGUUCCGCCGACGUGAUAUCUCGUUGUCACGGAUUCGGCGAGGGAGAUGCUGGUGAAUCUGUUUUGCAAUCUGUUUCCACCGUGACGAUUCGUCGAGCCUCUUCGUCUCGACUCUGGUGAUACUUUCCGAGUUGCUCGUCGUAACCAUUCUGGCGGGUUCUGCGUAGAUUUUCUAGCGCAAGGCGCCACCGCUGCUACGCCAGUUCGUUUGUCUCAAAAAACAAAGCUCGUCGUAUGCGCGUAUUGGCUUUUUGCGAAGAUAUAGUAAAGAAUAACAAGCACGCUGCUUGGUAAGCUGUAGCGAUUUCCGAUUUCUACGAGCAACGAUUAGAAGCGCUGGAAUUUCGGGUUCAGUGCCAAAACCGCGAAAGUGCGAGGUUGUUAACGCGGAAGGGAAAGUUGCAGUGUAUUUCCAGUGACGUAUUACUUUGAAAGUAUUCGUAGAUAAAAUGGAAAUCGGUCGAAUAAUAUUAAUAUAUCGUCGUACACGAACGUACAUGUAGGACGGAUCCUUUCGAAUCGAUAGAUCGAAAAAUAUCCGGUGAAUCGUCGGUGAAAUAGCGAGUAUUGCAUUUCGAGCAACUCGACCGCGAAUCGUGCGCCGAAUGAAAUUUGCUUCUUCGUCCGAUGUGAAAACGCCAGUCGAUUUUCGUGUGCUCUCGUCCGGUACAAAGAGAUUACGGCCACGGUGGUAUACAACGGCAUAGUGCGUUGUACGAUAAAUACAUUAAUAAUAAUAAUCAGCUAUCGCUAGGAAAAUAAUGCCGCGGUGAAAGCGUGGAAAACGUAGAGCGUCAAAAACGUGGAUCGCGCGAUUUCAUUUUUACCAGCAACUAUAUCCUUUCGAAAACGUUUUCAAAUAUUCGUUCUACGACGUAGAAUCGCGGCGACAACCGUAGGAGAAUAAGUCACGAUACAAUUUCAUCAGCGAUCGUGUUUAAACGUUCGCGGAAGAUGGCGCGUUCGGCUUGACCUAGCACGAUACGUUUCUACUUUCCAUCGGCUCGUACUGCGCGAUUGCGAAGGAAUGCAAUUAUCGAAAACAUUGCCGAGCAAUGUUGCAACCAAACAUUGCGUACACAUUGGAACAACAACGGUGUACGAGCUUGGCGUACCAAUCAAAAGUAAGUGCGCGCGUGUGGUUCGUGUGUGUAUACAUGUGCCAUCAUCCGCGUGAGCGAUAAGCGGGAGAGAAGAGGACUCGGGCCAACAGAAGCCGGAACCGAAAAAUGGAUGCGACGUCACUGCGACUCAUUUCCGGACUGCUUUUGUUCGCCUACACCGCGUCACACUUUAGUCAUGCGAACAACGGACCCAACUACUACGGCAAAUUAAUCGGCUCGUUGAAGAACUACGCACAUGGAAUCAAAGGAGACGUGUACGCCGUGGACGACACGACGAUAUUCAUAAAAGGAUUCUGUUACGAUGGUACCGGACCGGACGCGUACUUCUGGGUGGGCAAUAGCUCCACGCCCACCCCACAGGGUUACAUCGUCCCGUAUCCGGAAAUAAAGGAGGGAAGUGACCCGGUGGUGCUCAAAUUGUACAACUAUACGGACAUCAUUCUGAAGCUGCCUAACGGGAAACGGAUACGGGACAUCAAAUGGCUGAGCGUUUGGUGUCGUCGAUUUACCGUGAACUUCGGAGACGUUUUCAUCCCGGCGAACCUGAAAGCGCCGAAGGCCAGAGUGCUGCCUGAAUUCUCGAGGUUGGCGCACGGCCUCCGCAGCGGCAACAUCACCAUCUUAGAUUGCAAAACUAUCUACAUCCCGAAUCUGCAUUACGACGGCGCCGGUCCUGACGCUUAUUUCUGGGUUGGAAACGGCUCGGAGCCCAACACGUUUGGCAUCAAAGUACCAAGCGAGAGACAAAGCUUGGCGCCAUUAAGUGGUUAUCAAGGAGCGGACAUAGAAAUCGUUCUGCCGGCUAACUUGACCGUGCACGACAUCGACUGGCUGUCGGUUUGGUGCGUUCAGUUUAAGCACAACUUUGGACACGUUAUGAUCCCGAAGGACCUCGACGUUCCACCGGCUCUUGGACAGACAAAGAUCGCGCCGCCUUGGUGGUACGAUCCUACAAGCAGCACGCCACCACCACCGGACAAGGAAACGCCGCCUCUGUCGAAACUCGAGUUGACCAACUGCAAAGAAAUAAUGGAGGGCCGUGUGCAGGUUCAAUGGGAGAUGAUAGGAGACGAUAUCCAGAUCAGAGUGUCCGGCCGGAUCAACGAGGACCAGUACGUCGCGUUCGGUUUAUCCGGUCGCGAAGGGAAGCCCGAAAUGAUCGGUGGCGACGUGGUUGUAGUCGCUUACGACAACAGGACCGGUAAAUUCAUCGCGGUCGACUAUUAUUUGUCGGAUUACGCUCAAUGCGACGGCAAGAAGGGUGUGUGUCCCGAUGAAAGGGUCGGAGGGAAGAACGACGCCGUUCUUGUGCACGGAGAACGAAAGAACGGCGUAACGACAGUUACUUAUAUGAGACCUAUGAGUACAAACGAGCCGGUAAAGGACAGAAUGAUCCCGAACACAGAAACGAGCGUAAUCGCGGCGAUAGGACCUCUGAAUAUGAGAGGAGAAGCCAAUGCUCAUCACAGCUUCGACAGGACGAACGAGGACAUUCGUAUUGAUUUUACGUCGAGGAACGUGCACGAGUGUACAAAUUCCCUCUACAACCUCCCGGACAUGUCUGACAUCGAACCCUGGCCAGCAGCCGUAAUCACCAACGAAACUACCUUCAGCGCGAGGAUCGGACCUGCUGGUGGGAAAAGAGGAUACACGAGGAUCACAGGACAACCUGCUUGGGGAAUCGCGUGGUACAUCAACGACUUGCUGAUCCCUGAAAUCACAGUGGAGAGAGGACAGACGUACACGUUCAUAGUCGAAGGUGGGAACGAUCCGGCUAAUCCAGCAAGGUACCAUCCAUUUUAUAUCACCGACAGUCCAGAGGGUGGAUUCGGUCAAAAGACCGAGACAGAGCAAAGGGCACAGAGAGUGUUUGCUGGAGUGAAAUACGACACGGACGGAUAUCCUUAUCCCACGGCGGCUGGUCGCUACUGCGAAUGGGUUCACAAGACGGUAGACAUGAGCGCGGAUAUGGAAACUUUUGAGAAUUUCUUUGAAACCCUUAGACUAGAGUGUGACAAGGGUGAGCCCGCUAAACUUGUUUGGACCGUGGCCGAAGAUACUCCGGAUUUGGUCUAUUAUCAGUGUUACACGCACAAUAACCUGGGCUGGAAGAUAAACGUUGUCAACAGCGCACACGCGGUCAUGCCGUUACUGUCGAUGGUUACAACGACGUUCGUCGUCGGUAUGUUACAAUUCAUAAGAUGAAUUAACCCUUAAAUAUUGCCUAAAACAUACGCGGCAAGUUACGACCGUUCGUGCGAUCGCGAGGAUAGAUCUGAAACAAAACGAGACGAAGGGAAAGGUAAAUUCGGAUUCGAAUGAAACUCGCGUAGAUAACGAGAGUGAUAAAACAAAAACAAAAAAAGGCGAUUGUUAAAAUCCGCUGAACACGAUACAAGGUUGUAAGAAAGUACUUAGCCCGUAAGGUUUAAUCGUACGUAAAAGAUUAGCAGAAUAUUUUUAAGAUCUCUAUCAGAUUCAAUAUUUCAUAUUAUACUAUAUAUAUAUGUAUAUGUAUAUUUAUAUAUACACAUAUAUAUAUAUAAUUAUAUAUAUUAUAUACAUACAUACAUACACGUAUUAACACGGCACUUGAGGAGAACGAGAUUCGAGGUGAUUUUUAACGUUUAAGAAUUUAAGAGACUACUUAGGAAAAGGAGAGCGAGAAUAAUUUCUGACAAUAAUAAUAAUUCGGGAGCGGGGUAUAAACGUGGAUAAUUUCUGACAAUAAACUGUAUUGUGAAACUUGUAUUGUUUAUCGUGGGUACAGGGAGGGAUAUUAUAAUUUAUCGAGCGGAAUCGAUCGGUGUAGAUCGAUGCGUAUAUCGGUGAUAAACGAAAGAAUGGGGAAAGUAUCCGUGGUACAUGUACAAUGUAAAUUUUGCACAAAGCUAUAGUUGAGUAUAAUGUAACAUUAAAGAUCGAGUAGUACUUAAGAUAUACAUUUAUAAAUGCUGUCGACUUGACAAUAAUACGUAGGGUAGUAAACGAUGAAGGAAUCGCUGAAGAAAAAAAAAACGGGAGAAUAUGUACAAGGUAACGUCAAACAUUAUGUAAUUUAAGGGUGAUACAGUUGCAAACUAUCCCCUAUACGUGUAACAAUGCUAUAAUAUGUACAUACUAUAGAGUGGACCUUCCUAAAACGGAAUGAAAGUAUAAAAUGUGCCUUGGGUACAGAUAAUGAACUUCUCUAAUUACACGAAUUAGGAACCACUCGGACAAGAGAUACCCUGUAGUACUUAGGAGCUGGUUUCUUGCGCGUUGAACGUAUCCGUACGUGGUCAAUUCGUAGAACCGAAUAUCAACGUUGAUGUUUCGUUUCGCAAGGGUAUACCGAGUGAAACGGUUUAGUCUGUUUUAACUGGUGAAUCCGAUCGAAAUCAAUUCACAAAGACGUAACGACGAGCGAACAGGUAGCGUGAUACGUGCAAGGAAUGAGAUGUCGUGCAACCAAGAAAUCAGAAAAAUACAUAAUCACUCUAGAAACGUAGAGAUUAACGAGGUAGCAAAAAGAAAAAACGAUAUAUCUCUCCCUCUUUUUAAACGUGAAUGAUAAAAACUAUGCAGUGUCCAGAUUCUAAGUAACGGGGUGUCCUCAAAAUUGCCAGCAACCAACAAAAUUCUUUGCAAUUCCGAUUGCUUAACGCACGAAGACCAGCCUGUAUUUAAUUACAUAUGCAUUCAUACCUAACAUAAACAUUAUAUAUAUAUAUAUACAUACACAAAAACACACACACGCACACACAGAUAUAUAUAUAUAUACAUAUUAAACAUACAUACAUUAUACGAGGUACUACAUGCAUAAAUAUGAAAGAAAAUUCGGAAAUUUACAUCGUUUAGCUGUCAACGUUGUCCAGUUUGUAUUCGUUCGCGCUUAUCAAUCGCGAUAACCAAAAAUGACAAUGACAAUGACAAUGACAAUUGGACAAAUACCUAGCACAACAGUUUAUACCGUUCAGCUCUACCUUCGAUUUGCGAUAGAUCGAAGGAUCGGCUCCUCUUCGAGCAACACGUGUAAACAAGCAACGAAUACGCACGUUGGACAUCGUUGCGCGAGCUUUUAAGCGAGAUGCGUCAAAGAAACGAGAGUGUCAAGUAAGGAUACUACGUAUUACACGCGUUUGUAAAGUUAAUUAAGCGACCAUAAGGCGAAGCCGAAGAUUCGGUUGAUCGCCGUGUCGAUUCAACGCGUCUGGAUUGCAGUAUCUCCAGCGAUGCUCGACGGCGAUCCUCCAGAGAAUACCAUACGAUUCCACAUGAUUUUCUUCGGGUCUGUACACCUUAGAAUAACGCAUCCUCGUCGCCAUUUUCGUUCUUCUUCCUCGUCUCACUGCUUUUCUUCGUCCCUUCUCCCUUAUCGUAUCUGUUAUUCUUCUUUCUAAGCGAGUCCUUCGAGAGAGCGAGGCGGAUUGUAGCAUGUAAGCGGAUAUAAAACUCCUACUUCUGUGAACGACAAUAAUAUGAUACCGACUUGCCGGAUCGGAAAUUCAGCAGUGGGGCUGCUCCGAUGAAUCCAGCGAUUUACGCGCGAGCCGCAAGCGAAAGGAACGUUCCGAAAGACGCCGGACUCGACGAAACUUGCUGUCCCGCGUUUCCUGCUUUUACUCGAGACAAUAAACGAGCUGUUGAAACCGUAAGGGUCGAUCGUUCGUUCGCCAAUGUUACUCGGACAAUAACGCGAUUAAUCGCGACCAAAGAGUUCUAUAUUUUAUGCAGGGGAUGGUAAAACGUAUCUCGAUCGCGACGAUCGAAAGUAACGCUUGACGAUAUUCGUGGAUACGGUUUACCGUUCUAAAUUUUGAAAUUCCGACAAUAAUCACGCUCGAUCCUUUCAAGUACAAACGUCCGAUAAUAAUCGAUCGCGUUUGUCGGUUAUUAGAUCGGACAACGGAUACGGUCAUUCGUGAAAGGAAUGGCCGCGCGAAGAGAACGCUCGGUCGUAGGACAGCAGACGCCAUUCGUUAGAAGACAAAUAUGUAUCUGUACGGAUCAAUUAUUCGAGGUGUAAGUGUAGAAAAAGAGAACUUAAACGGCGCACAGUUCCGCCGGCAUUAAGCUACUAGCUGUAAACGAGUGUACAGAACGAACGAAAGUUUUAGAUAGGAAUGUAAAGAUCUUCUCUUUUUAAUAAUCUCGUCUCUCCUCUCCUCUCCUCUCCUCUCCUCUCCUCUCUUUUUCUCUCUGUCCGUCUCUUUCGUGUAUAUGUGCACUUUCUACGCCACUAUUUCUCUCUCUUUGUCUCUCGUUUUCACUUUGUCCCGUAGAAUAUUCACGGAGCAGCCCGAGCGAUGUCCCUCAAGUUGUUAGCAGUUAAGGAGAGAGAGAAAAAAAAAAAAAAAGAAAAAAACGAUAGUUUAGAAGUUAAGCGAAAACCUUCUUUUCUCGCCGUAUCCAAGUGUAAUUUAAAAACGAUGUAAGAAGAAAACAUGAAAAGCGAAGAAAAGAGAAGAUGAAAAUGUAGGAGCGUCGAAGACGAUCGUACGAUCGAUCGGCCGUCGUUCGGAUCGACGAAACGAUGGCUUGGUUUCCAAUGUACGACGUUCGAAGCGUGAAUUUCGAAUCGUUAGCGAUUAUCUUAUAGCAGGUAAACACGUUUACAUUUUGUGUCUCUCGUAUCGUAGUUCAAAUAGCGUUUUACUCGUGUAACUUUCCUUCCAUAAGCGUCGAUCCUCUCGUGAAAAUCGACGAAUCCAAGAAUCGAUUAACUCGAGGAAUUUAAGCGAAAAAGAAGAACCUAAGAGAUCGGUAGAAUCUGAUUCUAUACCGUUCGAUAUAUAGCGCUCAAUUCGUAUUCAAGCACGUUCCUCCUUGUGUAAUCCUUUCUUGGCCGAUAGUUUCGACAAACUUCUCUAUUUGUUAUACCCAGUUUUUUCCUUCUACUAUACCCGCUCACAUAUCCCUACGAACAUAUCCCUAAUGUAAGGCUCGAAAGGUUCGAGACGAAACGUUCUCGAUCAGCGUUUUAUUCGACGAAAGAAAAGACAACAGCGGACUGUCGUUUGAAUCGGAACGUAAGGAAAUUAGGUGGAAAUUGUCGAGAGUCAUUCGAGAUCGGCGUUUGUGUCUCUGAUUUUUCGCAAAUGCCGUCUCAGGGAUAUCUCGAACGAUCGGACGAAGAAAUAAGAAAGAAAAGAAUCGAGAUCGAUCGGAAUUGAUAAUGGGAAAGAUCGAGCGAGUGGCAAACGAACCGUAGAGAUAAGUAAAGAAGAACGUUCGAACUAGCGAUUUUAAUAGCGUCGAUCAAUCGAACGGAUGUAUAACACUGUCAAUAUGUAUGUAACGACAAAGGUCUUCUUGUUUCAACGAUGUAUCGCGAAGAGAACUGGAAGGCUUUUAAAAGUGGAUAUCUUUGUGAAUCUUAUCCUUGUCGUAGAAUAUAUUUUCACACUUAAGAACACGGCGUCGAGAGCGAGAGAAAAAAAGGGAGAAACGGUAUAUCGGUGCUUCGGCUCUUUGCGCUCUUGUGAAACAGUCUGCUCUCUUGCUUUCGCUGAUAAAGUACGUCUACGCGUGUGACGUACGUGUAAAGAAGAAACGAAAGAUAGAGGACGCGUACGGGUAUCGAGUUUAAGAGUAGCAAAACAUUCAGAAGGAUUUUAUUCGCCAGCGCGAUACGAACAACGUACAAAGUGGUGUCGAUAAGAAAGAAUUGAUUUAUUGCGAUAGACCGUCCUCAGUUGUGUUUAACAAAUUCUAAGGAUCUAUAUUUUUGAACGACGAGUAUCAUUGGGCGAGUGGUACGAUGUUUUAUCGUUAAGAGAGAACGCGUCGAGGAAAAACCGUGUUUAAAAAUCCGAUCGAAAGUGGUAGAAUGGCCAGACGCGAGUGCGAAGAGUCGAAGGAGAGAAAAAUUCGUGAAAUCCAUAUCCAAGUAUCCGUAGAUAAGUCGUUUUCGAACAUGCUGACACCCACCCAUUAGUAAUUAGUAGAUCUCGUAGAGGAUGACAUAGCUCGUGAAAGUUUAAACGAAGAAACGAAAAUAAAGAAAAAAAAAAAGAAGUAAAAUAUUUAUCAACUACUCUAUCCGAGAAACGUGUCGAGAAGAGGAAGAAACGAAAA